AAGAUUCGAAGAUUAAACUCCUUUUGUCUCAAACAGCUGUGGCUGGAGUGGGUUAAAGUCGCUUUCCGAGGUGGGUGUGUUUUGUGGUUAAGCUUCAUGGGCAUGAAAACCUCAGAGACUCAUUAGUGUCCACACCUGUGCUGUUUCAGAAAGCGGUUCGAGCGGAAUUAAGAAGGAGGGACAUAAGAUAUAUGCAUAGCUGCUCCGCUACCAUCUUUUCCAGAAUCUGCACAGAAAAUAACAGAAAUGCACCAACAGCCCAGUCUUAUCUCGGAGGCUGUGUGGAGUAAUGGUGAAGGUCAGCUCACAGAGCACAGUCUGUUAAAGACAUGUACAGUUAAACUGGUGGACAUCAGGGAAAUACAUGGACUGGAUGGAAAAAUAGGGAAAGGAAAUUUUAAUUUCAGAGGUAAAUCCAGUUUUAAUGGAGACCAGCAAACACUGCAAGCUCAGGUGAAGUUUUGCUCUGUGAGACUGGUGGACUGUGGAAAAACACAAAACAGAAAAGCAGCAGCUGAGAGUGAUCCAGAGGACGAGGACAACAGCAGUGAUUUUAUUCCCUCCAGCAUGUCCAGCACAUCGUCACCUGAUGAGUGGAAUCAAUUUCCUUGUCAGGGACAAACUGUCAAAAGAAAAGGCCAUAGUGAGACUGAGUUUGUGAAGGGCUCCUUAGCAUUACACCAUUCAGGCAAGAAGUCCUUAUGUAAUUCAGCAGAUGUGAGAAAAUGUAAGAGUGCGCAAAAAAAAGGGAAACCUUGUCAUUGCACACAGUGUGGAAAACUGUUUUCAAACAGAUCAGCCCUGAAAAAUCACCAGAGUGUGCAUACUAGAAAGAAGCCUUACCAGUGCACAGAGUGUAGUAAAACCUUUUCACAAAGCAAUAACCUACGGAGACACCAGAUGGUGCACAGCAAAGUAAAGCUUUAUGGAAGCUCUCAGCCCGAUGAGACGCAGGUGUCGAGUACUCAAAUGCAUGAGUGUUUACGUACUGGUGAGGAAUCUUUAAGUUGCAAAGAAUGUGGAAAACAGUUCUCAAGCUCAUUAGGUUUGGAGAGGCAUAAGUAUGCACAUACUCAAAAAAAGAACGAGUGCUUGGAGUGUGGUCAGCAGUUUCGACAUUCUACGUCUCUUAAAAUUCACCAGAGAAUACACACUGGGGAAAAACCCUUCAAAUGCUCUCAGUGUGAUAAGACAUUUACUAAUUUCUCCAGUCUUAUUCUACACAGACGGCUACACACUGGAGAGAAGCCUUACCACUGUGACCUGUGUGGAAAAGACUUUUCUCAAUCAACACAUCUGCGAACCCACCAGAGAGUGCACACCGGAGAAAAGCCUUAUAGCUGCUCGUAUUGUGGCAAGUCUUUUACUCAGCCAUCACAUCUUAGAGGUCAUAAGAUGGUGCACACUGGACAGAAGCCUCACUGCUGCUCCAUUUGUGGCAAGGGAUUCAGAAUACCUUUCCUACUUAAGGAGCACCAGAGGAUACACACCGGGGAAAAGCCGUACCGCUGCUCUGUGUGCGGAUUCGGUUUCACUCAGUCUCAUAGCCUUAAAGCCCAUCUGAGGAUACACACUGGGGUGAAACCUUACCAGUGCUCUAAAUGUGAUAAACAGUUCAUACAACUUGGCGACCUUAAAUACCAUGAAUAUUCACACAACUGAGGUGAACUUUACAUUUAGUCUUACCUUUAAGUUUGAAAUGAACUGGGCUGUUAAAGGUCUUACCAGUUAUGUAUGGCAAUGCUUUGUGUUCUGGUAAGUUUUUUAUAAUGCUAUGCAAAAUUAUUUUAUCAACACAAUUUUAGUUUUUUUCUUUAUUUGUUUUUCACUUUUAGUAGUGGUUUCAAUUGUGAUUUUUUUUUGAUAGCUUUAAAUGUCACUAAAGAUGGUAUGGUUGAAUGUAUAUGUCCUAAAGAGCAUUUAAUUGGCUGGACACAGGGCCAGAAUAUUAUGAAUUGUUUUUUUGUUUUUGUUUUUAAUUCUAUUAACAAAAUCUAUACUGGAUAAUAAAUUUUAACAGUUUAACAGU